AUGUUCAACCUCUCGAACUUGGUGCAGAAAGCUCAGUCGUUCAUUGAGCCGUCGCUCUCCCUCGCCAGCCCUGGCUCCGACCGCCGUCCCUCCAAAGCGGCCCUCUUCCGUCACCAAUUCCGCCUGCCCGAGUCGCAGAACCCCCUCCAGGAGAUCGCCGCCGAGCUGACACUCCCCGGCCACCACACCACCCGCACAAGCACCGACAGCCAGCACGCAGACCGCCACCAGGGCAACCACUAUGUCGGCAAGCUUCACCUAAGCGAGCAGUUCCUCUGCUUCUCCACCCAGGGCUCCAGCUUCCUGUCCACCGCCAGCCUCAGCGCUAGCUCCGUCUUCACCGGCCAGACCCACGGCGCCGGCCCCGCAGGCAAUGGCUUCACCAUCCCCCUUUGCGCCGUCCGCCGCGUCGAGCGCCUGCACAGCCAGAGCUAUAUGUUCGCACUGGCCAUCACAACCAUAAAUGGCAUGGUCGACGCGAACCGCGCGAAGAAGGAGGGCAUCGUACCGCAGAAGCUGACCAUACAGCUGGCGGGAAGCAGACAGCAGUGCGAGCGCUUCUGCGACGCGCUCAAGCGCGGACUGCGCGAAGGAGUGAAGGACGUCGAGAACCUCAAAACCGUCGUGCAGACUUGCUACUCUGAGUACCUGCUCUCCGACGAUGCGAGCGCAAAGGAUGGCGAUACCCCUAAACGCCAACCGCCCGAUACGGGUUUGGGCAUGCAGUUCAAGUACCCUGGAAACCCACGGAAGCUGCGCGAGCCGACCAAGAUAAGACUAUGGCGGGAGUAUCUGCGAGAGAACGGCCGAAACGCAACACUCAUUCGCCAACCUACAUUCCACAAGCUCAUCCGCGUCGGUCUACCAAACCGCCUGAGAGGCGAAAUCUGGGAGCUUACCUCGGGAUCAUUCGUUCUCCGCCUCCAAAACCCCAAACUGUACGAAGAGACGCUCUCGAAGAACACCGGACGGGAAUCGCUGGCUAUAGAUGAGAUUGAGAAAGACCUUAACAGAAGUUUACCGGAAUAUCCUGGCUUCCAAAGUGACGAGGGUAUCGAUCGCCUCAGGCGCGUCUUGACCGCAUACAGUUGGAUAAACCCCGAGGUCGGAUAUUGUCAAGCUAUGAACAUAGUCGUGGCUGCGCUCCUUAUCUACAUGUCCGAACCCCAAGCCUUCUUUCUCCUUUCCAUCCUUUGCGACCGCCUACUACCAGGAUACUAUUCCACCACCAUGUACGGAACAUUACUUGACCAACGAGUCUUCGAAUCCCUCGUCGAGAAGACCAUGCCUAUCCUCUGGGAGCACCUUCAGAAGUAUGAUAUUCAGCUAUCGGUCGUAUCUCUUCCUUGGUUCCUUUCUCUGUACAUCAACUCGAUGCCUUUGAUUUUCGCCUUCCGCGUUUUGGAUGUCUUCUUCUUAGAGGGUCCCAAGGUUCUGUUCCAGAUCGGACUCGCAAUCCUGCGCAUCAACGGAGAAGAGCUGCUGGAUGCCACCGACGAUGGAACUUUUAUCUCGGUUCUGAAAACUUACUUCGCUCGCCUGGACGAGUCGGCUCAUCCCAAGUCGGACAACCCCAAGCUGAGAGCGGUUACGAGGUUCCAGGAGCUUAUGGUUAUCGCGUUCAAGGAGUUCGCUGGGAUUACGCAGAACACUAUUUCCGAGCAACGGGCGAAACACAAGGAUGCCGUCCUGGACAAUAUUGAGAAUUUCGCAAAGCGGACCUCAUUACGGAAUUUGGGGUCGGAAAGCAAGAAGCUGAGCGUGAACGAUCUCGGAUUCUUGUACGACCGCUUCUACGGCGUCCUGUAUGAGCGCCAGCAAAGAGCCCAGCAAGCCAAGCAGGAAGAGGAGCGGAAAGAACGCGCGAGUAAGAUGAGAGCCUCUCAGCUCAUUACUGGCUUUUCAUUCGGAGGUGAUGUCGAGAAGGGUAGAGUCGCUCUUGGCCCGAGCCCUACGCAGAUGGACUACGAUGCGUUCAGAGAGUUCCUUGCAGGCAUUGCCAAAUGGGCUGUCACGGAUUCUCCAACACCGCCGAAUGAACAAGAGAAGCAAACACAUUCAUAUUUCGGAAACAACCGGACCAAGACAAACUCUCCGUGGGGAUCUGGUCCCGAGCCUGCAGACCAUGAAUUCAUGCAACGGAUAUUCCGCAAAUGGAACAGGAGCGAAGAAGACGACGACACACUGAAUCUGCAAGAUGUCGUUUCCGGAUUUGCCGCAGUGAAAGGCAACAAGGACAUUAUGGCGAACAUCCAGUACUUCUUCGAGCUUUACGAUGACGAUAAUGAUGGCAGGGUGGAUCGCGAGGGUAUACUGAGGAUUUCUGAAGCUUUACUGUUCUUGACGAGGAGGGGAUUGGACGACGGCGCUUCCCCUAAGGCCUCUACGAGCGAGUUGGCCUUGGCCGCUGAUGCUGAAGGAAGGGCCGACGAGUCGAUCCUCAACAGCAUCUCGGCGUUCAUUCGACGCUGCUUCGAAUACGCCGAUCCCGAUCAUGAAAUGAACAAGAACCAGGACGUCAAGGAUUCGGCAGAUGCAGUCAACGACUUCAGCAUCGGUGACGAGGACGACGAAGAGAAUCUGCUCGACGUUGACGACAAGCCCAAGGCCGAACCCGCUCCGAAAAAGGAAGAAGAGGCCCCAGUCCCAGACGAGCCUCUACAAUCGCCCAAGCCCGACGUCAAAUCCGCCAACCUCGCCUUGGACCCGGCUCACCCGCUCCACAUCACGCUGCCCACCUUCCGCAUGGUCAUCCUCGCCGACGAGAACCUCGAGCACUUCUUCGACCGCGCCUUCGCCAACUCGUUCCGCCUCUCGGACAUCCCCGCCGCGACGGGCGCCAACACUCUCACCACCUUCGCCAACGCCGGCCGCACCCCGACGUCGGCAUCGGCCUCGCCGUCGCUCCCGUCCGUCCCCAGCACCGGCGGCAUCGUACCGCCCGGCAAGGGCCUGCGCGGCAUGCUCGACAACAUCGUGUCGGACGGCAUGCGCGUGGCGGCCGAGGUCAAGCGCCGCAUGGACGAGGCGCAGCGCGAGAUGGAGCGCGCCAACGGCGGGGCCAACGGCCAGGGCGGCAGCAGCGCCAACGCUGCCGACGAUGAUGACGAUGACGACGACGGCAGGCACUCGGGUGCUUUCGCGGAGACGCGCAGCUUGCACGAGAGGGAUCGUGACCUGCUCGACGGCGCUGAGACGGCGGACGUCGAGGAAAAGGCCAAGGUGCAGGGCGAGUCCUCAGCUGGUGUGCCGAAUCUGAUGGAUGCGGAGCCGGGAGAGGGCGGUGACAAGAGCGGUGAGGGCUUGUUGACGCCGUCGAGGGACAGGGCCGAGAGCGGGGCGAGUGGGAGUCAGAAUGUUAUUGAGUUUGAUAGGGGGUCGACGAUUUGA